AUGGGUGUCCCAGCUGUAUUGGGCAUCCUUAAUGGAUUUCUUACACAGACGAAUCUCAUAGGUCUUGCUGGUCUGUGGAUAGCGUAUUAUAUACUCUGGGCGUUAUAUAAUAUUUCACCCUUUCAUCCUCUGAGCCACAUACCUGGUCCGAAGCUUGCAGCUGCGACGUUCCUCUAUGAAGCCUGGUAUGAUCUAAUUCUACAUGGGAGGUACACGCACGAGAUUAAACGAAUGCAUGAGAUUUAUGGUCCUGUUGUGCGCAUUAAUCCCGAGGAGCUGCACUUUGAUGACAUUGCGUUUGUUGAUGAGAUCUAUGCCGGCGGAGGUCGCAAGCGUGAUAAACAGCAACACUUUUUGAACUUUGUCGCUGGGCCAAUCGUUUCGUCUAUGUUCGCCACCCUGGAUCACGAUCAUCAUCGGAUCAGACGGAGCGCGAUGAACAAGUUUUUCUCACGAGCACAAAUUUUGAAGCUUGAAUCCAAUAUCAGGGAGCUUGUCGACCAGCUAUGUGACAAGAUGAUACGUUUAGGGGAACAAAAUGGAGAUCCACUGGACGUGACCACAUCCUACAGCUGUUUCACUUCAGAUGUCAUUUCGGGCUACUGCUUUGGAGAGCCUUUUGGAUUUAUAUCGCAGGAAACUUGGUAUCCAAAUUUCAGGGAACCUUUGGGAGCGAUUCUCGGAACUACGUACGUUUUCCGUUUUUUCCCGCCUCUGAAGAUUCUCACCAAUAUUGCUCCGCUGUUUGCCAAAUUGAUGAGAGAGGAUAUCGCAAAAAUGUUGGCAGAGUCGAAUGAGAGAAUGCCUGCUCGCAUACGCAAAGCUAAACAAGAGCACGAGUCUGGCAAACUACAGGAUCGUGGGAGUAUUUUUGCGGCGAUACUCGGCUCUUCUUUGCCAGAUGAAGAGAAAACGGACUACCGACUAGGUGGCGAAGGCUUCUCCAUGAUCUCGGCCGGUACUGAGACGACUGCGUGGACUCUAACUGUAAUCACUUUUUACCUCCUGAAUCAGCCUGAAACCUUAGAGCGGUUGACAAAAGAAUUACAAGAUGCAGAUGCCAUCAACCUAACAUGGGUUGCUCUUGAAAAUCUGCCAUACCUUAGUGCAGUCAUUACCGAAGGCUUGCGACUUUCCUAUGGCGUCACAGCCCGAAUACCCAGAAUUGCAUCUAAAGAAAAUCUGAUAUACCAGGGCCAAUUCAACGGCCAUGAAGUCAAAUAUGUUAUUCCAUCCGGCACACCUAUGGGCAUGUCCAACGCUAUCAAUCACCACAAUGAAGAAGUGUUCCCCGAUUCGAAUGUAUUCAAGCCUGAGCGAUGGCUCGACAUAGAGGAAGCUCAACGGCGCCGAAUGGAGAGCAGCUUGACGUCGUUUUCCAAGGGCAGCAGGGUGUGCUUGGGAAUGAAUCUCGCGUACUGUAACUUGUUCUUAUCAGUAGUGGCUCUGACCUUGCGUGUCUUUCCGCGAACCAAAUUGUAUGAAACCAGUGUCGAUGAUGUGAAAUACGACUACGACUUGUUUGUUCCAAUGCCCAAGAAGGAAAGUAAAGGGGUUAGAGUAGUCAUAAAUUAG